UGGCACCGUCACAGUCUUCGGUUACUAACAUGGAACCGAAUUUGCUGCAAAGUUCCACUCUUUUGCGACCCCAAACGAGCAGAGCCAAAGCCAAACCACCCUUUUUUUAUUUCUUUGUUUAUACCGUCGUCUCGUCACCAGGUCCUAUAUAAAUACCCUCCGUUCCUCCUCUCCAACCCUCUUCCCCCGGCGAGCGAGAGAGCGAAGCGAGCGAGCGAGCGAGAGAGAGAGAGAGAGAGAGAGAAAUGAUUAAGUUUAGAGCAAGGAAAUUUUGCAGAAGCAACUCUAAGAUUAGUGGUGGAGGAAGCACGGGAGGGUCUGGCAGAGGGUGUGGAGGAAGCGGAGAGAUCAAAUGGGAGCUCAGACCGGGAGGGAUGCUGGUUCAAAAGAGAGAAAAUGGGGAAAGUGAGGGAGAAGAAAUGAUUACAGUAAGAGUCUCAACUGGAUCGAAGUGGCAUGAUAUCUCCAUCGAAGCAACUUCGACGUUUGGUGAACUGAAGACGAUUCUGUCAUUGGUGACUAAUUUGGAACCAAGAGAGCAGAGGCUUUUGUUCAGAGGGAAGGAGAGAGAAGACGGUGAUUUCUUACACAUGGUUGGAGUUAAAGACAGGGACAAGGUGCUGUUGUUGGAAGACCCAGCUAUCAAGGAGAGGAAGCUUCAUGCCUUGUCCCCAGAGAAUCCUUGCCACCCCAUUAGUGUGUAAUCUGAUUAUAUAUUAUUUUCUACUAACCACUUGACGCGGCUUAAUUAAUGUUUUGUAUGAACUAAGAACAACUACUCCACAAAUUGUUGGUAUUUUGUGUAAUUUAUUUCUCUUUUUAUGCUCCUUGACCUUGAGAAAUUAAAUAUAUGUAGUCUGAUCUUGUAUCCA